UAAAAAAAAAAUAAAAAAUCUUUAAAAAAUUUGAAAAUGUUAACAAAAUUUCUAUAUAAAUUAUCGAAUACAUUUUUGUUUAAUAACAAUACAACAAAAUUAAUUACAAAUUAUUGCAGGCGAUAUCCGUGUAUGAUGCGUCGGCGUUAUAUCAACAAUUGGAAACGUCAAAUGGAAUUUAAUAAUGAAAAACGUAAAAUUAUACCAAAAAUAAUAUAUUUACAUAAUCCCUGGAAAUAUUUGUGGACAAAGUUGAAUUUAUUUAAAUUUCGUUUAUUUUGGGAUUCGGAUUUUGUAGAAUCGGAAUUUAUAAGGGGUUCAAAACAGGCUGCAGUGGUUCUAACAGAUAUAAUACGAGAUCAAAAUACUCUCAAAGUAAGAGAGUUUACCACACCAAUAGGAUAUAAACAAAUAACGGAAGACAUGUCACUAUCACGUAACGAUACGCGUCUAAAAUUGGUGCGAUUCAAGACGGAACAUUUACGUCGAGCCAUACCCAUGAAAGUGACAACAAAACAUAUUUAUGGUCGCAGAUAUUGUUUUAUCGAUAUGUGGUUUGUGGGAAUGAGAAAUACAAAAGAUUUCGAUUCUGCUGAAGAAACAGUAGAAAUCAAUGAGAUCUUAAGACAACUGGAUACGGAUCUUAAAACUCCUUACGAUGUAUUGGCAGUGCCGCAUCGUAUUAUUUUUGCCGAAAUAUUCAUACGUUUUCGUCGUGAUUACACUCCAAAUUUAAAUGAAACUAAUGAUCAAGAUUGGUCGGUGUCUUUUUAUAAGAUUCUGACAUUUGAUGUGCUCAAUUACGAUAAUAAAAGAAUGUAAUAAUAAGUGAAAAUUUUAAAGAUUUUUAAUAAAAUAAAUCAAGUCCAAAUUAAAAGCAAAUCCAAA